AUGUCUGGCUGCAACUGGAACAUGAGGCAUGGUGGAAAUGUGCAUGGUUCGAACUGUGCCCCGGCAUCGAUGCCGAGUGGAUCAACAGAAAUUGCAUGUAGAAUAUGUGAUCGUGUUUUUAUGAGCACCCAAGCCCUCAUAAACCACAUAGAGUCUCACAUAGUGGAUGAUGGCCUCACAGCCUCAAGAUUAAGGCAGCUCACUCAGCAAACCAACACUAACCCUCCGAUCCGAAGCAAUCCUGUAUUUCCAUUGUCAAACCCUUUUAAUCAACGAAACCCUUUCCAUGAUGUUCAUAAUAACCAAAUUGGUUUUGCACCGCCGCCGCCUCAUCAUCAAUAUCCAUAUCCACCACAACAACAACUUUCUCCUUAUGCACUGCCAAGAAACGUUAACGUUAACGUUAACCAGGGAGUUGUUGGGUCGCAUUACAUGGUGAUGCAAUCUGCUAAUGAAACCGCGGCGCGCAUGGCGAGUGAGGAGGACGAUCUUUCCAGUGAUUGCACCAUGCCGCUUCUCAGUCAGCUGGAUCGCCCUCUUCCGCCUGUGAAUUAUGAAUUGGACCGUCGUGGAAACAUUGGUGAAGCAAGUUCAGAUAAUCUGGAUUUGACCCUGAAGCUCUAG